ACGACGUCGACACAGGAGUAACGAACUAGUAGAACUACCUUUUCAUUUAGUACGAUAAUUGCAGUAUCGCAACCCGUCAAAAUGUCUCUUGCGGGUCUUAAAAAACAAUUCAACAAGGCGAACCAGUAUAUGAGUGAGAAGAUAGGUGGAGCUAAAGGCACAGAGCUUGAUGAUGAUUUUAUGGAAAUGGAAAGGAGAAUUGAUGUGAUGGAAAAAUUAGUUGCAGACCUGAUCAAUAAAACACAAGAAUUUCUUCAACCAAAUCCAGCUUCCAGAGCAAAGAUAUUUGCUGCUAAUUCCUUUUCAAAAAUGCGAGGUCAAGCCAAGAACACAUCAUACCCCCAGCCGGAGGGAACUUUAGGAGAGCACAUGAUAAAACAUGGAAAGGACUUGGGAGAAGAAAUGGAGUUCGGGUCCUGUCUGGUGGAGGCGGGGGAAAGCUUCAAACAGCUGGCAGACCUCAAGUAUUCCAUGGAGGACACCGUGAAGCAGAAUUUCCUGGAACCCCUUGGUCUGCUGCAGGCCAAAGAUAUCAAGGAAGUCAAUCACCACAGAAAGAAGUUGUCAGGACGAAGACUGGACUUCGACUGUAAGAGGAGGAAAAAGGAUAAAGAGUCCGGAGCACAGAAGUCAGGAUCAACUAUCACUGAUGAAGAGAUUAGAGUUGCAGAAGAAAAGUUUGAGGAAUCAAAAGAACUUGCUGAAACAGCUAUGUUCAACUUAUUAGAAAAUGAUGUGGAACAGAUAGCACAAUUGCAGUCUUUUGUUGAGGCAGAAGUUGAAUAUCAUCGCUCAGCUGUAGAUGUUUUACAAAGCCUGCUGACCACCUUGGAAACAAAACGAAACCAUGCCAUGUCAAGACCAAAAUCAGAACAUGUACCAAAGAGAGCAUCUAUCAGAAACAGGACACCUUCGCCAGCCAAUUUCUACGAGUCCACUAAUGACUUUGACAAGGGGAGUACGAACAGCUACAGUUUCAAUUCUUCCCCACAGUAUGCACAAGCUGAGAAGAAGCAGCCUUGUUGUGAAGCCGUAUAUGAUUUUGACCCUGAAAAUGAAGGGGAACUUGGUUUCAAGGAGGGCGAUGUCAUCAACCUUAUUUCUCAGAUUGACGAGAACUGGUAUGAGGGUUCUAUCCAUGGCACCACUGGCUACUUCCCUGUCAACUAUGUCACUGUGAUAGUGGACUUGCCUCACUAAGGUUACUACCUGUAUGUGGAACUGACUGGGACUAAAGUGCACAGGAUCGUUAUGUCUUUUGCAUAUCUAGAGAGUUAUAAAUGUUUAUCUGUUGUCUGAGACUGCUGCUCAGACUAGAUGUAUUUUGGACACGGAUGACCUCACUCCACUCAGAUACAGGCCCCUGAUAAUUACCUUUAGGACAGACAGGUAUACAUCUUACAUGGAUUUUAGGGAACUCAGUAUAGCCCAGACUCUAUAUAAAUAACAACAUAUACAUCAAAGAGUCAACUAUCGGUUUCUCCUAUCUUUAUGCAGUAUAUACAGUACAACUGCAAGGAAGUUAACCCAGUUGUUUUGUAAUCCAGUUACAAUCUAUACAAGGAUAAUUGGAUUAUUCCACUGUCAUUUACAACCUUCACAUAUUUUCAGGUUUAUGGUAUAAAUAGACUAAUAAAUGAGGAUGAAAAAAAGUAAAUAUUUAUUUUGUAUUUCAAACAGAACCUGUUUUCUGUUACAAAUUUUACUGGGACUUGGGCACUGAAUGAAUUUUACUGCAUUGCCAUCUGUGUCUGGGACUUCCAAAUAACACCUUGUAUUAUGCAUUAGGAAGGGCAUUAUAUAUAUAUAUAUAUAUCUCAAUCAUAUGUGAAAGGAAGAGUAACCGGUGAACAUACAGCAUGUUAUUAACUUACUGUUUGAUGUUUAAACAUUGAGGUGCACCAAUGGUUUAUUAGCCAGGCCAUGUAACCCUGUCAAAACGAAAAGCUGAGUGUGAGAAAAAGUGACUUAUAGAGGGGGUAUUGUUACAGCUAUUGUUAAGUUUAAUGGACUUCCUGUCAGAGAAGUCAAUUCCAUGUAAAGAGACUGUUAUGUUUCAUGUGAAUAUGAUGUAUAAGUGUGAACCAUCUCCAAACACAUUUUGUCAGUAGUUAGUGUGUGCAGGAAGUAUCUGUCUGUAACAGAAUGAAAUCCAGCAGUUUAUAGCUUGUGACAUUUCUAUGUCUAUGAUAGGUAAAAGAUUGACCUAAGUUUGGCUAUAGAGAAGUAGAUAGAUCUGUCAGUUGUGAUCCCCCAAUCAAUGUAUUGUCUAGUAUAAUAUAGACAGAAAAAUAACUAGCCUGGAAAUGUUUUGAGAUAUACAGUGCUUAAAGGAUAUUCCAAUAUUGGUAGUCUUAUAUCUUCACAUGUAUUUGUGUCCAAAUCAUAUUAUAGAAAAUGCUAAAAUAUUGACAUUACUAAAAACAAAAUUAUUUACACUUGAAUGUAUUUAUGUCAACUUACAUGUUAUAGGUGUGGUGUUACUUAAUCACUUUUCAAGUUGAAAUCAUUGUGAUGAAAAGUGAUUCAACUUGUUGCAGUCUCUGAAUGCGGUUCAUAUAGCAAUAAUAGUGGAUUUGCAAAUUGAUGAUUGCAAUAAUUUGCAUACAAGUAAGAGCACUUGAAUUCCAUUAUGGCAAGUGAAGUAUAUAUUGAUCUGGAUACAGAUAAACAGGAUUCUAUCUGAUAUAGACUAUGUAUAUCUUGUAAUGGUGCUGUGGAGGCAUUUUUCAGCAUCAUUAUAAUUGUAGUAUAGAUGUCAACCACCGCACGGGAGAAGACAACACCCAAUAGUUAUGUGAGGUGAUUAAAUCCUUUUUGGAAUACCAUACUCCAAUAUAAAGAUUGAAUUGGAACUUGAAAAACAACUGGAAUCUUUCUCUCGUUAGGGGAGAAGAGGGUUGAUUCCUAUGUUGUAAACUUAAGUACAAUAUCUCCAGGUGUUCUAGAGAAUGCCAUUUUUUUUCUCCACAUUAUGACCAAAGUUUACACAGCAGAGUAGUACUAACAAUGCUAGAUAUAGUAAUACAACAUAUUUGGAUUUGUAUACCUGUUAUUUAGUUAUUUUGUUGGACCUUUAAACUGGAGAGUAUUCUGGUUACAUUUACCAGACUCUAGAAACUGUAAAGCUGUAUACCUGCACAGAUAGUCACACUGUUGUGCUAACUUUGGUCCAGAAUUCCUUACAUUAUUUUGUUAUAAUCUUGUUGUGAUGCUUAUUUAGGUUUGCUUUACAGAAUUUUUUGGUAGCAUAAAUAUGCUGGCUUGAAGUACCGCCAGCACCUUUAUUAAAUUGAGAUGAAGCUUGCAGAAUUCAGUCUUUAUUUAUUUCAUCAGAUUAUUUAUCAUGACUAGUGAACAUUAGUAGAUCAUGUUUUCUUAAAAGAGAUUAUAUUGUUAAUGAGUAUUCAGAUGGUCACAGUACUUAUAGAUUGCAGUAUCAUCAAUGCAUAUACAUGUACUGUAAUUUUUUAAAAUAACCUUUUACUAAAACUAUCGUAAUUUUCAUGAACAUUGCUACAACCUUGUAUUUCGUAUAGACAAAAAGAUUUUGUAAGAUACAGAUAUAUCUGUGUGAUGUUAGAAUAAUCCUAAUACAUAGAAUAUUGUAGAACAUCCGUACCCAGUUAAUUCUUUUCAAUAUUUAAAAUUUCAAUAGCUAACAUUUACAUGUCAAUUUUAAUAUUUGUCCUUGACAAAUUUUUUGAUCAUAUAUAUCACAAAUUCCUGGUGUCAUUUUUUAAGAUAGAAAUAAUAGUGUAGGUCUACAAAUGAUGCUAGUAUUAUCUUUGUGUAUUGGUGUGAACAUUAUAGAAGUUAAUUGAUAAAGUUUGGUCAUUAUUGACCAAUUUUUUGUUUCCACAUAACACUGAUAUUAGGUGCAUUAGAUCUGAAAAUAUAUAUUUCACAUUUAAGCUUUUACUACAGUAAUUAAAGGUAUUCUUGAAACAAGGAGAGUCUGUCACAUUGUACGCAGAGGAAAUCUUACCAUGCAUAUACCUUCAUAUGGCUACUGAAAUAUCAAUAAACACUCUGUUAGCCUGUAAUUUGGUAAUGUUGUUGGAAAUCUAUAUAUUCAUGUAGUCAUGCUUUUUAAAAGACACUGCAUGUUAGUGAUUUGCUCAAAAGUAACUCGGUCAUGGUUCAUUCCAUAUCCUUUUGUUUGAUCUUUUUAUUGUCAUUUCAACAAGUCAGAAGUGUUUUUAUCUUGUGCAAUUGACAAAAGCUUUGAUAUUUUCAUGUUUCUAUUGUUGUGAUUAAGUUGAAGAGAACAUCUUUCAUGUAUAUCCAUUGAAAUUGUAUAUAUCUGGUACAGUGUGUACUAAAGACGUGUUCAUGGCGAUCUUUUAAUUAUAACAAAUAUGUAUUUGGUUUCAUAUUUGCUUCAAUUUGUAGAUAAUGAGAUGUCUAUAGAAUGUGUAUAUCACAGUUUCUGUAUAUAUACAAGUAUGUAUUAUGAUGUUACGUUGUAAUAUAAUUAAACUCACAGAAAUUUC